AUGCCUUGGAGACCGCAUAAUGUGUCCGAAGAAAUCAAGGGAGGCGACCUAAAGUUCCACAUCUACAACAUGUGCGGCGCGGACACCGGGUUGGGGCUGGAGCGAGCGCGGUUCUACGCGGCCCAAGUGGCCUGCGGGCUCGACCACCUGCACAAGAUGGGCAUAGUGUACAGAGACUGCAAGCCAGAAAACAUCCUACUAGACGACGCGGGCCACGUGCGGAUCUCGGAUCUAGGACUGGCUGUUGAUGUACCAGAGGGCGGCAGCGUGCGAGGUCGCGUCGGCACCGUCGGCUACAUGGCGCCAGAGGUCAUAGACAACGAGCGGUACACGUUCAGUCCGGACUGGUUCUCGUUCGGCUGCCUGGUGUACGAGAUGAUCGAGGGCCGCGCGCCCUUCCGCGCGCGCAAGGAGAAGGUCAAGCGGGAGGAGGUCGACCGCCGGGUCAAGCACGAGCAAGAGAAAUACUCAAGCAAGUUCAGCGAGUGCGCCCGAUCUCUAUGCAGCGGGCUCUUAUGCAAGUGCGCCGGCGCGCGGCUGGGCUGCGGCGCGGGCCGGCGCGGCGCUCAACUGGUUAAGGCUCAUCGGUUCUUCGCGCAAUUAAACUUUGCGAGGCUUGAAGCUGGCAUGGUGGACGCGCCGUUUGUGCCUGACCCGCACGCGGUGUACGCCAAAGACGUGCUCGACAUCGAGCAGUUUUCCACCGUGAAGGGCGUCAACUUGGACGCGGCCGACGACACCUUCUACGGCAAGUUCAACACCGGCUCCGUCAGCAUCCCCUGGCAGGCCGAGAUGAUCGAAACAGGCUGCUUCACCGAGCUCAAUGUCUUCGCGAGAGGUGAGCACAACACUAAGCAGGCACUUGGGCCAUGA